AUGGAUGGAAGGGGUAAUGGAGGGGAACCAAAUCGUGAGAGGCGUAUCAUCCCUGACCCUUCACCUAGUUUUAAGGCUACACGAUCCGCUUCUAACACUCCAGCAGUUUCAGGAAAUUCCGUGACAACUCAUGACAAGGAAGUUAAAAGCAAUGGAGCAGAACAAUUAUUUGAUGAAAUUUUCCCUGGAUUUUUGGCAAUUGGUACUCUGGGUAAUUAUGAGACAAGUAAUACUGACCCUCCAACGCCAACGUUUCCUAUGCAUGUUGAAACAGAGAAAGAACUGAAGUUCAUAAUAAAUGAUGAGCUUGAGAAAGUGAAUGAAGAAUUUGCUUUUGAGCCAUCAGAAAGAACCAUUGACAACAUGGAAGAAUGUCCACUUCAGAAAUAUCUCUUGGGUUCUUCAGUUGAGUCGCAAGAGAUCAUAGAGUCCGAGGAAAAGCUAAAGCAACAAAAAGGAUUACUAGAAGAGUUGACGUUUAAGAAGAAAAACAAAGAUAAGAAGAAGAAAAAAGAUGCAGCUCAUUUCAUGAAAAAGAUAUUGCAGAACCUCCAGCCCAAAUCAAAGAGCUCAAAUGUCACUGCAUCUGUUUCAAGCAAGAAGAAACUCCCUCAGGUCCUUAAAAUGUUUUACAGAAAAGUUCAUCCUGUGAAUGAGAACAAUAUUCUAGAAGAUAAUCAUGAGAUUAGCAACAAUAUUAAUGUUUCCUGCAAGGCUGCUAAUCUGACAAAUUCUUCUCCAAAGAAGGAAGUCAUCAACAGAGAGCACUGGAUUAAAACAGAUAGAGAUUACUUGGUGUUGGAGCUGGAGCUGGAGCUGUAG